AAAUGACAUUGCAAAAGAAGACUCGGAAGGAUCUGGUGACUAGAUUUGGGAGGAAAGAGAGCUAGAGGGAGGCCGUGGGCCUCAGUGAAGAUAAUUUCACAUCGAGGAGGAUUAUAUCUGUUUGAAGAUAUGUGAAGAAGCUACUGAAGCGAUGGGAGAUGCUGGAGAAAGGAAGAGUGGGUCAUGCAGGAAGCAGAUUCUGAGAGGAAACAAUGGUGGAAAGGAAAGUAGGACACAGAUGUAGGACACUAAGGUAUCCUCUUGGCCUCCUAGCAAGAUUCAAACCCCAAUCCCUCCUCAGGUUGAGAUUCUUUUUUAUAGAUACACCAAACUUGUUUUUCCAGAUUCGGCACUUCUCUGCAAGGAGAGCACUCGGGAAGGAAUGGCUGCUGUGUCUCCAACUGCCAGAUUCCAGGACCCAGUGACAUUUGAGGAUGUGGCGGUGGUUUUCACAGAUGAAGAGUGGAGGCGUCUGGUCCCUACUCAGAGGGACCUCUACAAGGAGGUGAUGCUGGAGAACUAUAAGAGCAUUGUCUCGUUGGGACUUCCAGUUCCUGGACCUGAUGUGAUUUUUCAGUUGAAGAGAGGGGAUGAGCCUUGGAUAGUGGAGCUUCAUGGAUCUGAGGGGAAAGAAUGUGCAGAGAAUGUCUUUCAAGACUGGGAGACUAAGCUUGAGAUUCAAGGUGCUUCAGAAGAAGAAAAAUCAGAAAGAACAUUGAGGGAAAAGCUUGGAAUGAAAGGUCCUCCAUCUCCUAAAUUUGAAGUUCAUGCAGUGGAUGGUGGGUUGGGAACAGAGAAGGAAAACCCUGCAGUGGAGGCCUGCAAGAAAUCCCUUUCUCAGGAGGAAAGGUUGCAGCAUGGGGCAACCCCUCCCAAGAAAAUUCUCACUAAAGAGAGAGACCAGGAAUGCAGUGACUGUGGGAAGACCUUUUUUGACCACUCCUCCCUUAUCCGCCAUCAGAGGACUCACACUGGAGAGAAGCCCUAUGACUGUCCUGAGUGCGGGAAAGCCUUCAGUCACAGGAGCAGUCUCAGUAGACAUCUGAUGUCGCACACUGGGGAGAGCCCCUACGAGUGCAAUGCCUGUGGGAAAGCCUUUUUCGACCGUUCAUCCCUAACUGUACAUCAGCGAAUUCAUACUGGAGAGAAGCCCUUUAAAUGCAAUGAGUGUGGAAAAGCCUUCUUUGACCGCUCGUCCCUUACUCGACACCAGAGAAUUCAUACUGGAGAAAGUCCUUAUGAAUGUAAUCAAUGUGGGAAAGCCUUUAGCCAGAAAAGUAUUCUCACUCGACAUCAGCUAAUCCAUACGGGCAGGAAGCCGUAUGAAUGUAACGAGUGUGGGAAAGCCUUCUAUGGUGUCUCAUCACUGAAUAGACAUCAGAAAGCCCACGCUGGAGAGCCUCGCUAUCAGUGCAGUGAGUGCGGGAAAGCUUUCUUUGACCGCUCCUCCCUUACUCAACAUCAGAAGAUUCACACUGGAGACAAGCCAUAUGAAUGCAGCGAAUGUGGGAAAGCCUUUAGCCAGAGGUGCCGGCUUACGCGACACCAGAGGGUUCAUACAGGAGAGAAGCCCUUUGAAUGCAGCGUGUGUGGGAAGGUUUUCAGUUCCAAAUCAUCAGUUAUUCAACAUCAAAGGCGUUAUGCCAAACAGGGAAUAGACUGAGUUGAGCAAAAGCUUUAGUUAAAGGACCUCCAUGCAAACUCAAGAUAGGUCUUCCCCAUCUUAAACCCAUCUCCCGGUCAUUGCACCUAUUCUGGCUACUACUCUCCUUACCUGCCUCUGUUACCACAGUGUUUGAAGGAACACUCUCUACCCACUGUGUUAUAGAGCUGAUGUGGGAUGCCAGAAAUUAGGAUGUGACUCUUUAGAGUCAACAUUUUGCAGAGGUUUGUCAGACGAUAGGGACAAACGUUAGGAGGCGAUCCUCAGACACACCUCUCGUCCUGGGCCCCAGGUAUCACUACACUUUAAAUAACUGGAGGACACAGCAGGAGGGGAAGGCACACUAAUGUCAGAGCAAUACUGUUGUUUCCAGAACAGUUCUUUCUUUAUAGCCGUUAGUCCCUCUCUCUUGGAGGUUUUUUGGGCACUGACCUUGUUCUGUUGUGUCCCAGCUUCUAGAUCUCUUAAUACUACUACUAGUAGCUAGCACUUAUUGAGCGCUUAUUAUGGGGCAAGCACUCAACUGAGAGUUUUGCAAGGAGUAGAUUAUUUGCUCCUCUCAUUAACCCUCUGAAGUAGGUACUGUUACUACCCACAUAUUACAGAUGAGCAAACUGAAGUUUAGAGGGGUUAAAUAACUUACCCAAUGUGACAGCUAGUAAAAGGUGAAGCCAGGUCUUGAAUACAGGUCUCCCUUCAAAGUCUGUUCUCUUUACCAUAAUGCUAUAAGGUUUGUUUUAUAAUUUAUGUACAUGUAUUAUCUCCUCAACCAGAUUGUAAGCACUCGGAGUUGUGACUUAUAUGUCUUUGUAUCUCACACAGUGCCUUGCAAAUAAUAGGUGCUCAAUAAAUAUUUAUCUGGAUUAAUCACUCUUUGACUUACCAAGUUCUAUUUAAAACACCUCUUAGAUUCACAUCCUUUCUCUGAAUUUCACAGUCUAGCCUGUACCUUUAUCAUCUCAGGCUCCCAUUACUGCAGUAGACACUCCUUGAUUCGAAUUCUUUCCUCUUCAUUAUUGAGGAGGGGGAUGUUAAGCUAUGGGGCAAUAAGUAAACCCCCAAAAAACAAAGAUUCAUUUCUCACAUAAACUCAGAUGUGAGUCUGUCUUCCUUCAUCCUCAUCAUUUAGAACACGUUGCCUCAAAGGUCAUCAUGGAAGAGAAAGCUGGGGGGUAUGCUGGGAUGUUUUUAAGGGCCAUCACUUCUGUUUAUAUCUCAUAAACCAGAACCCAGCACCAAGAGACUAGGAAAGUCAACAGGCACCUCAGCAUUUGGUUAAUAUAAACAGCCUCUGUCACAAGUUACAUUUUCCAUAUUACUGUUAGGCCAAUCUUUCCAAAUGAUCCCUUCCUGCCCAUCAUUGCCUUACUCAAGACCUAAAAUAGCUCCCUGUUUAAAGAAAACGUCUUUGAAUAUUUAAGGUCUGCCAUGAGGUGAUCCCACAUUGCUAAACUUGAAAUCUCGACUCCCCAAACCCUUCUAUUCCCUGGGCCCAGUCCUAUAUUUUUACUUUAUUGACAGUCAGGUUCCAGGCAACUUUAACUCUAGGCAUCUGCAUUCCCUUUCUAUUUGCUUAAGGUGAAACCCAGAAGAGGACUUGAUUCUGAAAGGCUGUCUGGAACUUACCUCGCCCUGCAUGAAUCCCAGUGAACCAACAUGCAUUUCUCCCUGGGAGUAAAAGUCUGAUUCAAGAAGCUGGAAUUCCAAACAGACCCUUCCCUAAUCUACACACAACCCUAUUGGUCCACCUUUCUUAAAGCAGAUGAGCGGCAGGAAGACUUUUCACAUGUGGACUUUCAAAGUAACUUGAGGAAAAACAGAGUGCAGAAUCUACUGAAGUGGAUAAUAUCAUUAUUUAAUAAUGUCAAGUACAAAAUAAAAGAAAUU